CACUAGCAGGCUCUGGAAACUCACGUUCCCGUGUCGCGCAACUGGCACUGGACGGUGGACCACCCCCUCCAGUACGGCAUCGCAUCGUCCUCGCGUGCCCAUUCGUUGAUCCCAUCGUCUUCCGGUCUUCCCCCUUCCCCGAUCCCCCUCCCGGCCUCCCCACUCCGAUCCAAGCCCCCCCCCCCCCCCUCCCCGCCGCCGCCGGCCAUGUCCAAGUACGGCACCAUCCCCACCUCCUCCUCCGCGGGCGGCGGGGCGCCCCUCGGGGGCGCCUCCCCGCUCGACUUCAUCUCCCGCGCCAAGGCCCGGGGCGCCUCGGCGCUGGCCACGCGCCGGCCCUGGCGCGAGCUCGGGGACAUCCACGCCAUCGGCCUGCCCCCGAGCCUCGGCGACGCCUACCUCCACGUGCGCGCCAACCUCGUCCACUUCGCCAUGAACUACGCCAUCGUCGUCCUCGUCGUCGUCUUCCUCUCCCUGCUCUGGCACCCCGUCUCCCUCAUCGUCUUCCUCGUCUGCAUGCUCGCCUGGCUCGUCCUCUACUUCCUCCGCGACGAGCCGCUCGUCCUCUUCGGACGCGUCAUCGCGGACGGGUACGUCCUCGCCGCGCUCGCCGUCGUCACGCUCGGCCUGCUGCUGCUCACCGACGCCACCGCCAACAUCCUCUCCUCGCUGCUCAUCGGCCUCGUGCUCGUCGUCCUGCACGCCGCGCUGCACAAGGCGGAGGACAACGCCGACGACGAGGUCGGACGCUGGUACGCGCCGGUGCCUCAGCAGCUGCCGCAAUAGCUCAGUUGCCGUCUGCUGUUGGACAUGAGGCACAAAUGUUCAGAGAAUGGUUUGGACUUACUUAUGCUUCUCUUCUCUUUCCACGAAUUUUACUUGUGCUGUAGCCUUUGAUAAAUUAGAGCAGCUAAUUGUCCAAUUAGAGCUUCGAUUGGCGCAAUCAUGUGAUACCAUGCGCAAUUCUGUUGACUUUAAUUGGUGUCUUGAAGAAGCACUGCAUGGUCAAAUCGAUUGCCCCUCGACGAAGGUUUUCCUAUGCUGUAUCAUCAGUCAUUGUCAUUCCGCCGCCCUCUCCAUUCUCUAAAUUUCCCAAACUGUCAGCUGAUAAUUAGCCCCUUUUCAAACAUAGAUUGAGACUUCUUGUAUUUAUAUGUACUGGGUAUGUUGACACCUUGUAAUGACGAAAUGAAGAUACCAAGUGUCUGCAUGACAUGUGAGAAA